UCAGGCAAAUACGAACUCUUUAAUCUUCACUACUUUUUCAGUUCUUGAGCAUAACAAAUAACAAUUCGAUGAGUAUCAAUUCCAAUUCAUAGUACUUUUUUUUAAAAAAAUAAUAAUUUAAAUUCCCCUAUAUUUUUUCUAAGUUUUUGAUUUAUUGUUUCUGCCAUGGAAACCCUUUCGAGCUCUGUGUUUCUGUCAAAAAUCCCAGAAAAAAACAACAACCCAGGUUGUCAAUUGCCCCAGUUUUCGAUCAGACGAUGGAACAAUCGAAGUGGGUGUUUAAGAUUUAACGAAAGUUUGAAUCUUUGUUCGUGGGGGGUAACUUCUGAAAGAGUUGGGAUUGCUGGAUCAUCAAGGGUUUUGGCUGUCUCAAAGAAGGUUUCUGGUGCUGAAAGUGAAAACAACCCUAGUUCCGAUGAUGUCCACGUUUUAGCUUCUGAUGAUGUUCUCACUUUUCCCGAGUCUGUGAAGGAGUGUAUGAAAUGGCUACUUCAGCUUUGUUGUGAUGGCUUCUUUCACAUUCUGAAGGCUAAUACUAAUCCAACUCAAAGUCCCAAGAGAAGCUUCGACGACGCCCCAAAGACGGCGUCAACACCAGCGGGAUCAGGAAGUGGAACAGGAGGGUCCAGGGCAGGACUUUUCAGAACACCAAUUUCUGGUGGAGUUCAAAGUGCAACAUCCGCACAUGGUUUACCAAGACCGGCAUUGGCAGUUCGUAAUCUGAUGGAACAGGCUCGGUUUGCUCAUUUGUGCACCGUCAUGUCUCGUAUGCACCACCGAAGGGAAGGAUAUCCAUUUGGUUCACUGGUGGAUUUUGCCCCUGAUGCCAUGGGACAUCCGAUUUUCUCCUUUUCACCAUUGGCUAUCCACACAAGAAAUUUAUUGGCUGAUCCAAGAUGUACACUGGUUGUACAGAUACCUGGAUGGAGUGGCUUAUCCAAUGCAAGAGUGACAAUUUUUGGUGAUGUCUACCCGCUUCCUGAAGAUCAACAGGAAUGGGCUCAUAAACAGUAUAUAAGAAAGCAUCAACAAGGGCCUUCUCAACAGUGGGGAAACUUCUAUUACUUCAGGAUGCAAAACAUAAGUGAUGUCUAUUUCAUUGGUGGCUUCGGUACAGUCGCUUGGGUUGAUGUCAAGGAAUACGAAGACAUACAACCAGAUAAGAUUGCUCUUGAAGGAGGUGAACAGUAUUUAAAGGAACUUAAUGCCAUCUUCUCAAAGCCCUUGAAAAAGCUUCUAUCUACAGAAAUUGAGUUAGAUGAUGCUGCUCUCAUUUCUAUAGACAGCAGAGGAACUGAUGUUCGUGUUCGUCAAGGGGCUCAGUUCAACAUACAGAGGAUAUCGUUUGAAGAAGGACAUGCUGUUGAGACUCUUGAAGAAGCCAAAUCUGCACUCCAGAAAUUAAUAAAAAAUGGUCAGGUUUACAAUUUUCAGAAAUGAACAGAGUGAAAACUUUGUGAUCUAUAACCCAAACCCCCUCAAUAACAAACAUAUUUAGGGCGAGUUUGCAUUUUCACAUCUAACCAAAGAUGUGUCAGUUUGAACUUCACAGUAGCUAACGAGCUAGAGAGUUUUUACAAUGCGUGUUUUCUCUGUAUUCAUACAAAGUAGUUGUUUCAUAGAAUAAGUAUUAGAUUUUAGAAGAAUCUACAUCUGUAUCAUCCUGUGCUCAUAGAGCUUGUUAAGUUUUAGGGGUUUGUGACUCAUGUAUCA